GGACAGGCGGCCUUCGUUGGCGUAGAGCGUGAAUGGUCUCCCACUAGAUGUAGCACGCUCCUGGAGUGACACCGAAUUUCCAGCUUCAUAAUGACAUCUUGCUCUAGACAGUGUGAGCUAGAAGGCAGAAUGUCUUUGGAGCAGCUGAUUGAAGAGAUAAAUUUCCAAAGAGCAAAGGAAAUGAGGAACCUGCUGAAGGAUGAUAGCGGCUUUGUGAUGCUUCAUGGAACUGCCUACUGGACCGACCUCUUUGUUCGUCACUUUCUGCAUGAAUAUGAUCGCAAUGCCCAAGAAUCAGACGACCUUCUGUUCUUCGUUCGUAAACGGCAUCUCAAAGAGGCUAAGAAAUUCCUUCCGUCAUACGAGACUCUGCUGGAGGUCCACCGGCGGGACGACAAGAAGCUGCCGAUCGGUGAUCCGGAGAUUGAUUGGGAGGAGACCAUCUACGCCAACCUCAUCAUCCACACGUUCGACUACUACGUGACGCUGGCCGUCUGCACCCGGACCAGCCCGCGGGAGCUGCAGGUGCUGAAGCGGCACACCGAGAGAGUAUGGGCCUCGCCCAGCCGGCGUCUGAUGAGUGAUAAAGGCACCUCCGAAGACAUCACCUACCCCAACAUUUGCUUCAUGCUAGAUAACUUCAGUGAGGUGUUUAGCGACACGGCGGUGCGCGACGGCGAGAUGGUGUCCGUGGAGCUGGUGGCCCGCGACCGGUUUGGCUACCUGCAGAGUGCCAUCUUCCUCGGCUCGGUGCGCUACGACGCGCUCAAGCGAGUCUACGACGCGCGGACGAGCCUCAGCAGCCGCGUGGCACAGCGUGUGACGUUCGGCCUGUUCUCGUCGGCCCACGCCCGCAGGAUGGAAUUCGUCAGGGUCAAGGGCCCCAUGGGCAAGGGUCACGCCGAGGUCGCCGUCACCAGACCGCCAGGGACCGGCUGCGAAUCGCCCACCUCAGAGUCUGACCACGCACCGGCGGAGUGGCUCUGGGGCACCGAGCGGCAGGAGCUGCAGCAGCACGGAGGCCAGCGCCGCCAGAGCGAGCCGAGCGCCACCUUCAGGAGCGCCGUCAGCCCGACCGGCGACCGCGGCAGGGCGCGGGGCGGACCCCUGGCCGGCGCCGGACGCGACCGCUCGGGCUCGCCACCCGCGCCCGUCAUCGAGAUAGAGGCGGAGGACGUGCGGAGCGACGGCGAGCCUUGUCGUCCGGUGGAGAGCAGCGCGGGGGGUGUAGACUCGCUGACUGAGCGCAAGAGGGAAGACGACCGGGCGGGUGUGGCUGCUAGUGCUCGGACCCAGACCAGCGCCGAGCACGGCGCGGCGCGGACGCCGACCGCAGUUCCCACCGAUGAGCGAACGAGCCAGAACGAGUCCCCCGCGGAAGUCGGGCAAUCUGGGGGCUCGAGCACUGCUGGGGAGCAGGGCCGUGGCGGGGCGUGCGGCCAGCGGCCGGCGCCGACCGAGCGCUGCGCAUGCGCCCGCACGCCCGACGGCACCGUCGUCCACUACCGCUGUCACGUGCAGAAGCUGUUCCUCCGCGGGCGAGAGCUGGAAGAGGGCGUGUACAACCCAAUCUGGACGAUGCGGGGCCUCUCGCAGACGCUGGGCUUCGGGAAGGACGGCCGGCGACCGUCCAGCCCGCCGCUGAGCGUCUUCCUCACCUACGUGAUGCUGCCCUGGCACGCCAUCAUCAACGAUCUCAUCACCAAAGAAGACCGGCAGGAUCCGAUUUUAUCUUUUUGACUGCCUCCUUGUCUCUGGAGGCGGCGCCAUUCCUGCGCUAGUCUGUCGUCUCGCGGCGAUGCUUGUUCCGCGCCUCCAGGCUGACGGGCCGCCCGUGGCGCCCUUCUGGCCGGCGUCAGCCUCCCACGCUCACACAGCCUUCAGACACCGGAGCCUGUUUCUGGUUACUUUUUGUAGAAGUGGUCCAGUGUUCUACCGGGGUCGUGUUAGCGUUUUGAUACCGCGGAACAAGUCGGUGGGUGGUGGGCACCUCUCUUUGAUCCAUGCACCCGGUGCUGUGGCUUCUGGGCAUUGCUGCCUCGCUUUGCGCACGCCGUGUGAAAAUGCUUUGCGUUUAUAUGGGGUAGCGCACUGUGUUGCAUUGUUUAUUCUAUAUUGUGUAUAUUUAUAUGCUAUACGUACACUGUGAUAGAAGCGUGUUGACCUGCGUCGUGUGAUAUCGGACCGGGCCACUUCGGGCUCUAGGUGAUUCAAGUGAUUGCAGGCAUCACUGCGCACCAGCCGCCCGGUGGCGGCAUGUGAUGUUUUCGCGCUUUGCUCGUUUUUCGAGCAUUUUUGCUCCGCGCAGCACCGACACACAUGUCGCACCGGCCUGAGUCGGGAGUCCUGACGUCAGGUGUCCGCUCGUGUGUCGUGGCGGCCUAGGGUCAGCUGUGGACAGGACGGCGCCGGCCGGAGUCCGGAGUCCUGACGUCAGGUGUCCGCUCGUGUGUCGUGGCGGCCUGGGGUCAGCUGGGGCAGGAUGGUGCCGGUUGUUGGCAGUGCGAACUGGUAGGUGGCGGUUCAACGUCCCCUCGCGCUUCUGGCGCGUGGUGGCGUGAAAGGACCUAUGGCUUGUGGGAUGCGUGUUGCAAUGCCCUCGGCUGAGGGCAUUGUUAUUACCACCCAUGUAUGGAAGCCGCCUGUCAGAAAAACCGCGGGCCGCGUCUGCGCCUUGUACUGCGCUGAAACACGAUGGUGCCUUGAGCCAAGGGUUGUUUGACAACAAUGGGCACACCUCUGCGACUAUUUGUAAGGCAUGUUUAUACAGCUACCACAGAUCAGUGCAUUUUCUGUUGGGUUUGGCUGACUGGAGUUCGGUUGGGCUGGGAAGUAGACGGCAGAUUGGCGUAAAU